AUGACAAAUGAAUUAAAAGAAAUGAAGUAAGAGAGAAAUUAUGCGUAUAAGUUGAAUGGAAAACACAUAGUAGAAGAGGAAAAGAUUUAGAAUAAAAAAAAAGUCUAUACUGUUGUCAUAAAACAAGCCAUUUUUAAUUUCAAGCAUUAAUAAGGAUCUCAUUAAAAUGAACUUAAUUAGAAUAUAUAAAGGAGCAUAUGUGAUUCACAGAACCUAAUAUACUAUUCAAUUUAUUUAGUUAAAUAAAAAUAUGCAGAGUUCAAAUAUAUCGAAAAAGAACUAUCAAAAUUAGAUGUAGACAAAAUACUUUCAUUGUUGGGCAAUGGUGAUAAGUAAAAAUUAGAUCCAGUCAAAUAUCUUUAAAAACUGAAUGAAGAGCAACUAAAAAAAUUAAAUGUGCCCGAAACACUUUAAGUGUUGAUUCAAUAAAGUCCGAAGCAAUUAGAUCUUGUUUAAUAUCUUGAUAAAUUGGAGCCAGAAGAACUAUUAAAAUUAGAUGUACCUCAAAUACUUCAAAAGUGGAUCAAAGGUGAUAGAAAUUGGUUUGUUUUAAUCAAAUGUCUUUAAAAGUUGAAUAAAGACGAAUCAUUUAAGUUAGGAAUACCUAAAAUAAUAUAAAAGUGGAUAAAAAAUGAUCCUUCAAUGUUUGAUCUAGCUAAUUAUUUUGAAAAGAUGAAUGAUUAACAACUAUAAAAACUAGAUGCAUCCAUAACAAUUAAAAAUUUAAUCAAAGAUGAUCCAUAAAAAUUAAAUCUAUUCAAAUACCUUUAAAAAUUGAAUGAAGACGAACUAUCAAAUUUAGAAGUACCCAAAAUAUUUUAAAAGAGAAAUAAAAAUGAUCAAUAAAAUUUGAAUAAAGAUGAAUCAUUAAAGAAAAGACGAACCAACAUUACUUUUUCAUAGUAUUGCUUCGUUGAUAGGAAAUUCUUUCAAAAGUUGAGUGACUUCCAAUUUUUACAAAGAAAGAUAAUUGAAAAAAAUGGCUUAAUGGCUAAAAGAUCAAAAUUAGAGAGCGCUUACAUUCCUGGAUGA